AUGAUUGGAGGAUCUCAAGUCCACAUUUUUUGGGGUGCUCCAGUUCUUCCACUGAAAAUGACGGUAUCACAGGAACCAGCUUCUUUAGUACCUACUGCUGACUGCUGGAAAACAGUUCAGCUUUUGCACAAUAAACAUUCUUUACAUCUGAAGGAUGAAAAAUGCAAACACCAAAACCUUGGAGAUUAUCAAAUCCUAGACAGUAUUGUCCCCCCAGGUCUUAAUAGUCAUUGUUUUGUGAACACCAGAGAAAGAUCUGUUCAUUUGGAAAAUGACUUUUUAUGUUGUGUUUCUGAAACACAGAAUAUAGUAUCCCAGAAGAGCCCUCCCUCUAGGAUGAAUGAUGUACUGGACUCUAGUGUUCAAGUAGAUGGAUUUAAGAGCAGAGUUCAACAUUUAACUGAGGAAGAAAAAUAUCAAAAGCUUGCCAGUGAAAAUAAGAAAAUUACAGUUGAACAGCAUAAAGAUCAGUCAAAUACCCAUGCUCCAAACUUCAAAGAAGCAACCUUACAGUUAGAUCAAAAGUCUGACGCUAUAUUAGAUUUGGUCUGUAUUACCAAAGAGAUUAACAUAGGGCCAGAAGCUGCAGAGCCACCAUGUGUGCUAAGAACAUAUCAUGAAGUGCAAAACCAAUGUCUGCAAUUCUCUCCCUCUAAGACAGUAGAUAAGCCAAGAUCUAAAGGAGCAGUUACAAAUGUCUCCAACUGCAAAAUAUCUACUGAUACUGAAUUUCUCAGCAUAAUGACCUCCAGUCAGGUUGCUCUUUUAGCUCAGAGGAAGUAUAAAGGGCAAAAUUCGCUAAGUAAAGGAGCCGGAAACAUGACGAUUGGACCAAAUUUAAGUCAUGAGAAAAUAGGAGUAACCAAAGAUAAUUUGAUUCAGCCUCUUGAUGAUUUUGCAGAAGAUUGUAUAAGUGGACAAAGCCAAGCAUAUUCGCCUGAACUUUUUAGUCCUGUUUGUCCUAAAACAAAAAGUAGCCAUGUAUUCAUAAAUUCUGAUGCAGAUCUUAAAGACAAAAUAGGAUCUCAAGAACUUUUCAGUACUGAAGAAAACCAGCUGCCAAAUGAAAUCUGCAUUGAGUCAUACAGCUCAGGAAUACUGUAUUCCCAACACAGUACUUUACAUAAAAGUUCUAUAAAAAGAAGUUGGACAUCUGAAGAUAAAGCAGGUCAUUCUAAAGUUCUACCUAAAGUCCUCCAAGUAUCUAAGAAAAUGAAGUUGCUUUCUAAUGCAAGAGAUCUUGCAGUAACACUGGACCAGAGGAACAUGUCUGAAUUUAAGUAUGUUAAAAAAACAUCAUUAAUAAAAAAUUGUGGUUCUAAAAGUCAGAAGUAUAAUUGCUUAGUCAUGGUGUUAUCACCAUGUCAUGUGAAAGAAGUCAGCAUAAAAUCAGGACCAAACGCUGGCUCUAAAGUACCCUUAGCAGCAAUCACAGUUACUGACCAAUCAGAAAUGAAGAAGAAGGUUCUUAUGUGGCGGACUACAGCAUUUUGGGCACUUACUGUGCUUCCUGGAGAUAUAAUUCUACUCACAGAUGUUAUGAUUCAUGAGGAUCAAUGGGUUGGAGAGACAGUACUACAAUCAACAUUUACCACUCAGUUAUUAAAUCUUGGAACUUACUCAUGUGUCCAGCCUGAAGAAUAUUCCAGUAUAGUUAGUGCUGCUGUACUCAAAGAGUUAUUGGCCUUUGUGUCUUCACACCAUUCCUGUUUCGGAGAUCUUCCUCAGAGGCAUCCUCGGGAACUGAACAUCAUAAAGUUUGUAGAACUGGAGCAUCUUCAGCCAGAAAUGUUAGUCCACGCAUUAUUUAAAGUUGUUGAUAUCACUAUUCUGACAGAAGCAUUAUAUAAUUAUAGAGGACAGAAGCAAAGGAAAGUUAUGGUAACAGUGGAACAGACCCAAGGUCAACAUCAUGUGCUUGUUUUAUGGGGUCCUGGAGCAGCCUGGUACCCUCAACUUCAAAAGAAAAAAGGAAUGGUUCUAAUCAAAGCCCAGAUUUUAGAGCUGGUGUUUCCUGUUAGAGCAGCCCAGAAGAGGCAGAUAACACUAAAUGCUCAGAGUACUUUGAAGAAUAUUUUUGAUUCUCUUCCCAACAUUAUAUAUUCCGGCUGUGCAAAAUGUGGAUUGGAGCUGGAAAUUGAUGAGAACAAGAUCUACAAACAGUGUUUCAGCUGUUUGCCAUUUGCAAUGAAGAAAAUAUACUAUAGGCCAGCUUUAAUGACUGUAGUUGAUGGACCACAUAAUAUUUUCAUCCAAGUGCAAUCAGAGGUGAUAGAGAAGAUUCUUCUCAACAUUUCUCCUGACUGGCUCGACAAAGUUAUAGUACCCUCCUCAGGCAUCACCUACAGGAUGGUGGCAGCGGACUUGCUCCAUGCCUUGUUGGCACCCAGUGGGACACCUUGCCUUCUGAAAAUUCAGAGCCUUUUUGUGUUAGAUGAAAACAGUUAUCCUCUGCAACAAGAUUUCUACCUCCUGGAUUUUUAUCCUGAUGGCAUAAAGCACCAUCCUACACCCUGA